GGCCCCGGUGAGACCCGCUUUGCUGCCAACGUCGUGAUCCCCGGCGGUGAUCCCCGCCCCUCCCAGAUGUCUCCCCUAUUCAGUCAGCCCCCUUAGGCGCCCUGAAAAUGCCCAGCUGUGAGAUCGGGCAGCUAAGGCCCCGGGGACAGAGAGGCCUGCUAUUUAGGGGCCUUGCUGCUGCCGCUGCUGUCCGCCCCGUGACCGACGAGGACGCUUCAGUUCACAGUGGGGCUCUAGACGGUUUGCACUGCGCGCUCCCGGGGCUACGAUCCGGGCGGCUUUGAACUCACUCCUCAUCCGACGCCCUCUCUGCUGGUCAGUCUUUGCCAUUAGCGUUGUCUUCCUGAAACACGUCGAGCGCCUCACCCGUGGCUGUCAAGCCCAACCUUGAGUUCCCUGGGUCUGGUCCGGGCCGCCCAACCACGCGCGAAGUGCUGGGCUCCAUCGUCCUGAACCCGCAGCACAGCUCCUCCCAGCGCCAGCUGCCCUGGCAGGACUUCCUGGCAGCACCGCUUCCACCUGUCUGCACUUCUCACACCUUCCCCACAUCUGAAUUCCCCCGCCCCUCACCUCCACAGUUUGGAUGGCUUCUGAGUCCCGAUCAUGCAAACGACUCAAAGGACUUUUUCUUGGUCCUUUCUGGUGAACCCCUCCCGUGAAUUCCGCAGAAACCGUUCCCUCCUAGUUUCUUUCUCCUUCGUAGGCCAUUUCCCCUGGGGAACAGUCUCGCCUACCAAACCAGUUUCCAUGGGGUCAAACCCCACGCCUAGCGUCUCGUGUGUGUCAGAGAAGAUUCCGUAGACUGCCUUGCCUGGCUUUUCAGAAGUAGAUCACCGAGCCUUUCUGAUGAGGCGCCUCUGGGGGGACUAAAACCCCCACCUUUGCGUCAGCUGCCAAAUGCCUUAACCGCUUGCAGCCCCCGGGACGCCCCUCCCAUUCCAGAUCUCUAGGACAAGUAGCCCCUGCUUGCUCCUCUGACCGGUGGCAAGUGGUCUGAGUAAGUCAAAAGCUGUUUAGUUUGUAAAGUUUUCAUUAGUGUUGCCUUUUCUUAUCUUUAUAAACCAGAUCUUUACUUGUCUGGGAAGUCAGAAGCAUUACCGUAAACAUCUACGGGUGUGCAUCUGAGGACGAUGGCAUCAGUGAAUGAUGGACUGGGACAUUGUGUGCAGCAUAUAUUACUAAUGAUCGGGUGUACAGAAAAGAAAAAAGGGAAAGAAUGAAAAUCAGACCACUGUGAACAUGCUGCUCCCUAACUCCAAUUCACCCUAAAUCAAGGACUCCCUGUGUGUAGUUAAAUUCAUUCCCAAGUUCUCGCCUCCAACUGUAUCCCUUGGAAGGUUUCAGCACAACCCCAUCAUUACAUACCAGCUAUGGAUCCACCCCUGGUGGCCUAGUGCCUACAUGUUGGGCUGCCAUCAGAAAGGUCAGCAGUUCAAAACCACCAGCCACUCAUAAGUUGAAAGGCAGGUCCUUCUACUACUCCCUUUAACACUUACAGUCUUGGAAACUCCCAGGGGCAGUUCUACCCCCUAUUCUAGGGUCACCAUCAGUCAAUAUCAACCCAAUGGCUGUGAAUUUGGUUUGUGUGGGGGUUUUUUUAGUAUGGACCCAAGACACUUCAAUUUAUCUCUCUCUUGAUAACUGGCAGGUGGUGGUUUAUUCUCUUCUCUGUGCUUUUGUAUAUAUUUGAAAUGCUUUAUCAUUGCAAACAUUUCAAAAGUGAGCUCUAUCUGUAGCCCACUUUUCUUCUAUGGGCUCCAGGCACCUUCCUCCAGCUGUCUGUCUGAUACCGCUACUUGAACUGGGGAUAUCCCAGCAUCCAGACCACAAGGCCAGUAUGGGACCAGUGGUGCAGUGAGCCAUGCACUGAACUGCUAAGUGCGACCAUCAGACAUUGAAACCAGCCACUCUGCGGGUAGCAGAUGAGGCGAUGUGUCCCCAGAAGGAGUUCCAGUCGUAGACACCCAGAGGAACAGUUCUACCCUGCCCCAUAGGCUCCUCUGAGUCAGAAUCAACUCAAUGGCACAUUAGGCAUGGUGCCUCCUCCCCAAAAUGUCAGAAUGAAUUCUGUUAACUUCAAGAACAUCCUACAGUGGGAGCCGCCAGCUUUUGCCAAAGGGAACCUGACUUACACAGCUCAGUUCCAGAGUUAUAACAGCUUCCAAGAUGUAUGCAACAGUACUGCGCUGACAGAAUGCCAUUUCUCAAGCGUUUCCAAGUACGGUUACCACAUCUUUCGAGUCAGGGCUGAAUUUGCAGAUGAAUAUUCAGACUGGAUAAACAUUACCUUUUGCCCUAUGGAUGACACUGCCAUUGGACCACCUGGGAUGCAAGUAAAAGUCCUUGCUGAGUCGUUACAUAUGAGCUUCUUUGCUCCAGAAGUUGUGGGUGAACAUGAAACUUGGACCAUGAAAAGUCUGUACAGUUCAUGGGUGUAUAAUGUACAAUAUUGGAAAAAUGGCACUCACAAAAAGUUUCAGCUCAGUACUCCGUAUGAUUUCGAGGUCCUCCGCAAUCUGGAGCCACAGACAACUUACUGCCUUCACGUCCGGGGGUUUCUUCUUGAACAGAACAAAAGUGGGGAAUGGAGUCAGCCUAUCUGUGAGACAACAACCAGCGAUGAAACACUCCCCUCCUGGGUUAUCGCCAUCAUCCUCAUCGCCUCGGUGUUUGUGGUCUUCCUCCUGCUCCUCAGCUGCUUUGCCUCGAUGUGGUAUAUUUACAAAAAGACCAAGUACGCGUUCGCCCCUGGGAAUUCUCUUCCACAGCACCUGAAAGAGUUUUUGAGCUACCCGAAUCACAGCACGUUGCUGUUUUACUCCCUCCCGCCUCCUGAUGAGAAGGAAGUGUUCGACAAGCUGAGCGUUGUCGCAGAAGAUUUACCAAGCAGCUGCAGCCUCAGGAUGUCAGCCCUGCGGGGAUCCAUGGAGCCAGGCUCCGAGAAGGAAACGCAUUCCACCAGCCAAAGCCACCUCCCAGUUGUCACGUCGGCCUCUGAGGGGGACCAGAGUGCCAAGCAAGGGCCCACCCUCCUUGUGCAAAGCCCAGCUCUAGAACUCUCAGACACUAGACCUGUCUAAGCAGCAAAGAGCUGUCUUUAUGGGCUCAUUGGACUUCUUGGACUCACUGCUUUAUUUAUUCUUUUGUUUUUUCUUCUUUAAAGUUGGCCACUGGGGGAGAGGAGAAUCUUUUUCAUUCUCUUAUGCCCUGGGUAGCCAAACAGUUAAGCGCUUGACUGCUGACUGAAAGAUUAACACUCUGAGUAUGACCGGAGGCACUGUGGAAGAAAGGCCUGCCAAUCUAGUUCCCAAAAACUGAGCUAUUGGAAAAACCCUGCAGAGCCCAGUUCUACUCUGACCCUCCUGGGCUCCCCAGGAGUCAGUGUCGAUUCAAUGGCAACUAGUUUGGUCUGCUCACUAAAUUAAGGACCUGGUUUUAACUGUAAGAAACAGAAUUCGGUAAACUGAGAACUAGAAACCGAGAUACUGCAAAAUCUCUGCCGACAGACUGAGCUGAAUGACGACAGCCUCAACCCAGUGGUGUCAGCUCAAGCCUGUGCAGAGCACCAACGUGUGUGAUUCUCAGGGAUACCGUGACUGAGUGUUUUUCUACUGGGAUAUGUUUUAUAUCUCUGCUGGUGCACGUUAAUAACUCUAGAUUCGGUCUGUUGUCAGCUCGUAAGGCUCUGUUGACUACUUUUGGUGUCUGUUCAUUUGACAGGUAUUUUCUUAGUCCCUGCCUACUGUCAGUCAGGCAGUGUGUUAAGUACAGGGUCCCAAAGUCCUCUGGGAGCUCCCUCAGCUGGGCAACUCCAAAAAAGUCAAAGGUCCCUGGGCAUUGAAUUCCACGUCAGACACUGACUAGCCCGGGACAUCUCAGUUUCCCCAUGUGUACAUAGUAGUCACUCAAUAAACGGAAACACCAUU